CCCCAAUGGCUUUUUGACCAAUCACAUUCCUCUCCUGUAGCUUACUUUUGGGGACAUCGGUGUGUUUUAUUGUGUUAUUGGGUGUAAACUUGGAAGUAUUUUUGUCUUUAAUGUAGAUUAAUUGUGAAAAAAUGUGUUGCCACAAAUCUGUAAAGAUAAGAUAAACAAGUUACUAUAAUUUUUAAUUUUUUUCAGUUCAACAAGGUUGAUCUGUCCUCUCUUGUGCUAGGAAUUAAAAUGAGCUGACUGUGCAAAUGCAGAAAUGUAAGCAACAGGUGAGGAUUGUUGAGGGACCUGAGAACCAUUUAGCUGAUGCUGGUGUUGUAUUGUAGGUGUUCACAUCACAUAAAUUUCCAUUCCAAAAUGUUUACUUUAGCCUAACCUGUGACUGUAUGCUUAAAAGAAUGGUUUUGAUCAAGAUGAUGUGAGAUGAAGGUUGUUUUUCAGUACCACUGGAGGCGCUAUUUCACCCUAAGAGUACAGCAGGAGACGACAGGCAGCUGUUGACCAGUUCCCUGCUCAGUUACAAAUAAGGGCAUGGUAAAAUUGGACACCAUCGACGUGACAGGGACCUCAUCUAAAAACAGAACUGACACCAGCUCCAGAGAAGCCCGCAGCAGUCAGGACACGAGUCAAGGCCUCGACACAACCAAGCAUUAGAUAUCUUUUUUUAAAGUGUUCUUGCCAAAUCCUUUUUUUUAUGUAUCUUAUCAGAAGGUUUUUGUCUCAGGAUGAAUACCAUGGAGAACUUGGAGAAACAACUCAUUUGUCCGAUAUGUCUGGAAAUGUUUACAAAGCCGGUGGUCAUCCUGCCAUGCCAGCACAACCUCUGUAGGAAAUGUGCCAACGAUGUUUUCCAGGCCUCAAAUCCAUACCUCCCGACACGAAGUGGCUCGCUGUCAUCCGGCGGACGCUUUCGAUGUCCCUCCUGCAGACAUGAGGUGGUUCUGGACCGACAUGGGGUUUACGGACUGCAGAGGAACCUGCUGGUGGAGAACAUUAUUGACAUGUUCAAGCAAGAAUCCAGCAGCACCAAGCCCGCUCCGGAGAGGAAGGAGGAGACGCCCAUGUGCGACGUCCACGAGGACGAGAAGAUCAACAUCUACUGUGUGACACACAAUGUCCCCACCUGCUCCAUGUGUAAAGUCUUUGGAGCCCACAAAGACUGUGAAGUGGCACCGAUCAAUAGCAUCUACCAGACAAAGAAGAUGGAGCUGAGCGACGGGAUCGCUAUGAUGGUGGGAAACAACGACAGACUGCAGGGGAUCAUAAGUCAACUGGAGGAAGCCUGUCGCGUCGUAGAGGAGAACGGCAGGAGACAGAAAACGCUAGUGUGUGAAAAGUUCGACCAGCUGUACGCCAUCCUGGAAGAAAAGAAGCGACAGAUGAGUCAGAAGGUGACGUUGGAGCAGGAAGAGAAGGUGGAUUACAUUCGUGGUCUAACCAGGAAGUAUGGAGACCAUUUAGAGGAGAGUUGUAAGAUGGUGGAGAUGGGCAUCCAGGCCAUGGAGGAGCAGGAGCAGGCUGUGUUCCUGCAGAACGCGAAACCUCUGCUCAAAAAGUUAUCAGAUGCAUCAAGUACAUCUCAUCUAGAUAAAGUGGAACGUGGAUACGAGAACAUGGAUCACUUUGCAGUCAGCUUCCUGAAGGAGGGACGAGCCCUCCGAAGUAUUGACUUCAUCACAGAUGAUUAUGAAGAGGAUGAAGAUGAGGAUGAGGAUGGAGUGGUCAAUUCAGAGGAAGGAGAGGAGGCCCAGAAUACUCCAGGGGGGACCAGUGCAGUCACAGCUGCUUCCAUUCAAGCCACAGUCACGCCACAGACCAGCACAUCGCAGAGCUCAACUUAAAGUCGCCUCUCUGUGUAGCUGUUGCCUGAACAGGAACCCAUGUUCUUUCCACAACGUCAAUGACAGGCCAGUGUUUUAAUCCAGUUUGGGCCCGGGAGACAGAGAACAGAAAGUUUGUCUGAGGAAAGGUAUUGAAAGUGCAAUAUGAUUUUUUUUUUUUUUGGUGAAUUAACAUUGUCUGUGUUACUGAGUUUUGAAAA